AAACUCCAAGAAAAGCAUCAGUUCCUUCAUCGUCUUCAAUCAACUUGCAUCAGCAGUUCUUUGCUCUUUAUUCAAAAACAACUUCAAACAUAAACAAUAAAAUGGCCGCUAUCAAAGUUAUCUCAUUCUUCCUUGUUGCUUUCUUGGUUGCAGCUAUCUUAGUUGAAUCAACUGAAGCUGCCUACAGGAAGCCUCCAUUUAAUGGAAGCAUCUUCGGAAAACGUAACAGCGUUGAAUACGAUAAUGGAAAAGCCCUUACAGCAAUGUGUGAAAUUGCCCUCGAAGCUUGCCAAACCUGGUUUCCCCAAGAAAACAAGUAAAGCAGCUAAAUAGAUACUACAUUAUAAUAUAAGGUCCAUUAAUAUUGUAUGCAAUUUAAUAAUAAUUAAAAAUAUUAAACAUUAAGGCUUUGAAAUUGUUAAGUGUUCUAUAAAAUUCAUGAAAAUAAAACUUGCAUAAACC